AUCUGUAAGCCAUCAAGGAUGGGAAGAUCAAGCCAUCUUUCGCAGGGACUAAGAAGAAAUAUAGAUAUGGAGAAAGGAAGGAUAAAUCUAAUCAUGGGAAACGGAAGAUCGUCGCAUGUCACCAAGAUUGGAGUUUAUUCCUUAGUACUUAGUAAUGGAUUAGGCUUAGAUUUAAACAAUUGUUGCUAUUCGCCAGAUAUGGCAAGAAACAUCAUUUCAUUUCAUGGUUUAUAUAGACAAGCAUUGCCUUGUAAUGGAAUAUAUGAGACUGUGAUGGUUGUAGAUAACUUAGGAAAUGAUGUGUUGUGUGUUGAUUCUUCCAAUAGUAUGGAUAAAGCAUGCUUGUGGCAUUGUCGUCUUGGACAUGUCAACAAGAAACGCAUAGCCCAACUCCAAAAGGAUGGAGUGUUGGAGUCAUUCGACCUUAGGGACGAUGACGUGUGCGAAUCUUGUUUACUUGGAAAGAUGACCAAAUCACCCUUCACUGGCACUUGUGAGAGGGGUGAGGUUCUAUUGGAUCUCAUACACACCGAUGUUUGUGGGCCCUUUAGAUCCACCACAAGGGAUGUGAACCGCUUCUAUGUGACUUUCACCGACGAUUAUAGCAGAUAUGGGUAUAUAUACUUAAUCAAGCACAAGUCGGAAACCUUUGAAAAGUUCAAAGAGUUUAAGCAAGAAGUGGAGAAUCAAUUGGGCAGGAAAAUCAAGAUGCUUCGAUCCGAUCGAGGAGGAGAGUACCUAAGUCUUGAAUUCCACGAAUACCUCAAGGAAUGCGGAAUAGUAUCGCAAUUAACGCCACCUAGGACACCGCAGUUGAAUGGUGUAGCUGCGAGGCGUAAUCGAACCUUGCUAGACAUGGUUCGUUCCAUGAUGAGUCGUGCUUCACUACCUAUCUCGUUCUGGGGGUAUGCCUUAGAGACUGCCGCCCAUAUCCUUAACUUAGUCCCUACGAAGAAGGUUGCCAAAACACCUCACGAGAUGUGGAUAGGGAAGGCUCCCCCGUUAGCACAUAUCAAGGUUUGGGGUUGCGAGGCUUUCGUAAGACGAGAAACUCACGACAAGCUCGAACCUCGUAGUGAGCGGUGUAUUUUCAUCGGCUGCCCGCAGAAGUCCUUUGGAUAUCUCUUUUAUAGACCGAGUGACAAUGUUGUCUUCGUUGCGAGGAGAGGGGUUUUCCGAGAAAGAGAACUCAUAAGCCAAGGGGACAGUAGGAGGAAAAUCGAUCUUGAAGAGAUUCAAGAGUCGAGUGAUGAAGGAACCUCCCACACCGGCGCUCAACCCGAGGAGGAAACUCCGGUUGAACCGAUUGAUGAGUCCUUACCUCUUCGUCGUUCCGAAAGGGUUAGUGUUCCACCCCAGUUUUAUGGUUUUCAUAUUACUACAGAAGGGGGUACGUUCAUUAGUGAUAGUACACUACUGAAUUUAGAUGAACCUAACAGCUAUAAGGAAGCCAUGGCAGGCCCGGAGUUUGUGAAAUGGAAAGAGGCUAUGGAUAGCGAGAUUCAGCCCAUGUAUGACAACCAAGUUUGGAAUUUGGUUGACAACGUACCAGGUCGUAAGACGGUCGGGUGCAAAUGGAUUUUCAAGAAGAAGACCGACAUGGAUGGAAACGUGCACACUUAUAAGGCGCGAUUAGUUGCGAAGGGUUUCACUCAAACUCCUGGAGUUGACUAUGAUGAAACCUUCUCACCAGUUGUGAAGAUAAAGUCUAUCAGGGUGAUGCUGGCCAUUGCUGCAUUUCAUGACUAUGAAAUAUGGCAGAUAGAUGUCAAAACCGCUUUCCUUAAUGGGAAGUUGGCUGAGGAUGUUAACAUGGCUCAGCCAGAGGGUUUUGUCAAUGCGAAGCAUCCCAAUAGAGUGUGUAAUCUUGAGAAGUCCAUUUAUGGACUUAAGCAAGCAUCUCGCAGAUGGAAUCUUUGUUUCGACGAGAAAGUCAAAGAGUUUGGUUUUCUGCGAAGCGAAGAUGAAUCAUGCAUAUAUGUCAAAGCCAGUGGGAGUAUAGUGAGCUUCCUCGUAUUGUAUGUCGAUGACAUACUGCUCAUAGGAAACGACAUCCCGACACUUCAGGAAGUUAAAUCCUGGCUCGGGAAGUGCUUCGCUAUGAAGGACCUCGGAGAAGCUGCUUAUAUUUUGGGAAUAAGGAUAGUGAGAAACAGGAGUAAAAGACUAAUAGGACUUAGUCAGAAUACUUACUUGGACAAGGUACUAAAACGUUUUAGUAUGGAUAAUUCCAAGAAAGGGGAGUUACCAAUCCAGAGUAAUGCCAAGUUGAGUAAGACUCAAAGUUCGAAUACCGAAGUCGAGAUAGCAGAGAUGAGUCGAGUACCCUACGCUUCCGCAGUUGGCUCGAUCAUGUAUGCUAUGACUUGUACUCGCCCUGAUGUGGUCUUCGCUUUGAGCAAGGUCAGUAGAUAUAAAGGGAACCCUGGCAAAGCACAUUGGACCGCAGUCAAGAAUAUUCUUAAGGACAAUUACCGUUCACAGUCGGGCUGGUUCUUUACCCUUAAUGGAGGAGCAGUGACUUGGAAAAGUUCCAAGCAAGAGACCAUAGCUGAUUCAACGUGCGAAUCAGAGUACAUUACAGCGAGCGAAGCAUCAAAAGAGGCAAUAUGGCUGAAGAAUUUCAUUGGAGACCUUGGAGUUGUGCCAGCCAUACAGGAGCCCAUGGAAAUGUUCUGUGAUAAUGAAGGAGCGGUUGCCUUGACCAAGGAACCGAGGGAUCACGGUAGAUCUCAGCAUAUCGACAGAAAAUAUCACUUUAUUUGA